AUGACUCCCAUCAAGUUGCUGUUGCAGCCAACGCAGCGGCCAGAAGGCCGCACCUAUGCCGAAUUCGAGUCCGUGAACGAAUGCAUGGAAGGCAUCUGUAAGAUGUACGAAGAGCAACUGAAGAGGUUGAACCCCUUCAGCCGCUACAUCACCUAUGGCAUCAGUCAGCUGUUUGAGUUUAUCGACUGUCUGGUAGACCUCAGCUGCCUGGUGUUCAGCGAAGACACCCAGACGUACAAGCCUCACGGCCGAGAGUGGAUCAAAGAGAAGAUCUACAUGCUUCUCAGUCAGCAGGCACAACUAGAUGCGUCCGAGUGAUCGUCUAGAAGCUUCUGGGGCUGUCCUGGAUCGCAGGGAACAUUUCUGAUCAAAGCGGCAGGAGCAAGCUGUAGCGAUGAGCCAUUUUUCAUGGAAGGCUG